UCUUUCCUCUGUUUCAUAGUUAGAGUGAUGUGGCAUCUAGGCCACAAGGAAGAAAAUAAAACGCAACACCCGUACUCAGUUGUAAAAUCAGUGUUUUUGAGAACUGAAAUGGAACAGUUUUUUCUGGAAAAUGUGACAUUCAUUACUCAAAGGAUGGUUGAAUAAAGAGGUUUUAUCUCCUUAAUUCCUUUUUGUGGUCACUAAAUCCUGCGGUUUCAAAAUUACUAUGUGAGGAGUUUUACAUCCUUAAUUUUUUUCCCUCCUUUUAGGAAAAUUUGCUUUUAUCCAUACUACCAGCUCAUAUAUCUAUGGAAAUGAAGCUGGCAAUCAUAGAACGGCUAAAGGAAACUAAUGAUAAUAGGCAAAUGCAUGACAACAACUUCCAUAUUCUAUACGUUAAAAGGCACGAAAAUGUUAGUAUUCUCUAUGCAGACAUUGUAGGAUUCACUCGCCUUGCCAGUGACUGCUCUCCUAAGGAACUAGUAGUGAUGCUGAAUGAACUUUUUGGAAAGUUCGAUCAGAUUGCAAAGGAAAAUGAAUGCAUGAGAAUAAAAAUCCUGGGAGAUUGUUACUACUGUGUCUCAGGCCUGCCUGUGUCCUUGCCAGUCCAUGCCAGAAACUGUGUUAAAAUGGGACUGGACAUGUGUGAAGCAAUAAAGCAGGUGAGAGAAGCUACAGGUGUAGAUAUCAACAUGAGAGUUGGCAUUCAUUCUGGGAACGUGCUGUGUGGUGUGAUCGGCCUCCGCAAGUGGCAGUACGAUGUCUGGUCUCACGAUGUUUCCUUAGCCAACCGUAUGGAGUCUGCAGGCGUACCUGGUCGUGUACACAUCACUGAAGCAACGCUAAAUCACUUGGGCAAGGCUUAUGAAGUAGAAGAAGGAAAUGGACACCUUAGAGAUCCUUACCUUGAAUCCAUGAAUAUCAAAACCUACUUGGUGGUUGAUCCAAGGUCCAAACAGUGCAUAUCAAACAAUCAUCUUCCUAAAACAAGAGUGAAUGAUGGGUUGAAGAUGCGGGCAUCUGUUCGGAUGACACGUUACUUAGAGUCCUGGGGAGCAGCCAGGCCCUUUGCCCACCUAAACCACAGAGAAAGUGUGAGCAGUGACUCUUCGACUUCACAAGGAAGGCAAAGAAAGGAAAUACCUCUGUGUUCCACUGGGCGCCAGAGGACUUCUGACAGAAAUUCAUCUCAGAAGGGAAGAAUAGAGGAAGAUAUUUAUGAUGAAAUGAUGUCAACCAUUGAAGGACUCAGUUCAACUAACCCAUGGUGUGGCAAAUCUGACGACUUCUGUGGAUUUUCACUGAUAUUUGCAGAACCUGGUCUUGAAAAAGAGUAUCGCACCAUUACCAUUCUAAAACUGAAGAGUUACUUUGCGUGUGCAAGUUUUGUGUUCCUCUGUAUUUUUCUGAUACAAGUGUUUGUAAUGCCCAAAACUGCAAAACUAGGAAUUUCCUUUGGCGUCGUUGCAAUCGUCAUUGUACUUAUUUUGUUUGUGUGCUUUGCUGAGAAAUGUAUGAAGUGCUGCUCAGAAAGGUGGCCUUUCCUGCGCCGUCUUUGCACUGUCUCAGAAAAAGUGGAAACAAUGCCUUUACUUAGGCUUCCUUUAGCAGUCAUCACUAUAGGCGCCUUGUUGAUUAUAGCCAUUUUUAACUUGGUAAGUAAUCACAUUGUCUUUAUUCUGUGACCAUACUUUGAGCAGCAUUCUGUGUUCUUUUCAUGAAGGGUUUGGCUCUUGCUUUUCUCCUGGUGUCCAAUUCCCACCUGAGUUGACUUACACAUGGAUAAUGUGCCAUGUGAAAUAAAACAAUUCAAAGGAAAAAAAUCCCACGAAAACUAAAAUUCUGAGAUCUAUUUUACAUCACCUCGUCUUGUUUCCAAGAUGGCAUUUAUAAUUACCACAGAUUAUGACUAUCAUCACUAAGAUGUCUUCUGGUUUUUAAUGUAAGUUUGAGUGCCUGUAUUGGGUAGAACACAGACAUUAUCAGUAGCUACUGCUAGACUAGAUGCAAACAGAAUCCAUCUUUUAACCUUAGUUGUGUACUGUAUUCCACCUGGGGUACACACAUCUGAAAAACCACUCUUUGGUGUUACCUUAUGCUCAAGACCAUGCUAUUUUUUGUUGCUGUUGUUAUAACAAGCAUGAUGUACAUCAAGUUAAUAGUUAAACCUCUCUGGUAGCUAACUACUAAAAGCGAUAUAUUUCCUAUCCCACGUUCUCAGGUUAUCAAUCUCCUGAUUCCAUGGGGAGUUUGUACUGAAAGCUGUUCUGCAGCUUUUGUAGGGCUGUGUUUCUGCUGGCUCAGGUCCUUGAACUGACUCACAGUGGUGUCGUGUGAACACUGCCAGACAGCCAAAAGAGAACAGGAACAGCAGCUGUGUCCCACUCACUAGUCUUACUGUGCCAGUUAGCUGCUGGAUUAGUUUAGCUGUAAUGUGAAGCUUCACCUCCAAAUAAAUAACAAAAGGUAAACACUUGGCCAUUUCAACAUUCUUGCAUUCAAGAGGCAUCAUGAAAUUUUAACACUUAUAUUGCAGUAGCACUGAAAGGGCAACCAGAUAAGGAUUCACUGUAUAACGUGGAGAGAAGACAUUUAAAAUAAAUGACUACCUGCUAACCGAUUUCUAUGGUUUUGUCUUUUUUU